UUUCAACCUUUUGUACCUACAGACCACCGUCCUUACGACGUUCGAUACUUUGCAAUUUGACUUUGCUGCGUUCACGCCUGCCACGAAUACCGCCCGCCGCUCGCGACACGCACUCCCAUGGCCCUGGCGCAGGCCGCCUAACCCCCCGUACUGCGGCUGUACCAAGACAUUGACAAAAUCCGGGGACACCGCCCAGUGCCACCGCAGCGUGCCCGAGCACCAUGUCAGCCGUAAGCCCGGUGACCCUGGCCCCGCGGGCAGACAGCAACAACACUGGAGUCGCGCAGGAAUCGCAGAACCAGAGCAUCAAGACAUUCGCCGCCUCGCUCUCCACGGCCGCCGUCGUCUUUGGCGUGCAGAUCCUCGCUUUCUUGAUCCUGAGCGGCAACUGGAAGAUCAGACGGUCAAAGGAGACAACGGAGAAGGCUGCUGCGCGGCAGAGCCUGUUCCACAAGAUCUAUUACUACAAAACCGCCUUUGUCUCCAAGCGCAGACGUAUUGCAGCGCCCACGACUGCUAUCGAAUCGUUCAAAAAUGUCUUCACCAUCAGCGACCGCGAGGUCAUCCGCGUCGCAGGUGUCGACGCUUACCUCUUCUUGCAGUACCUCCAGCUGCUGCUUCGCAUCUUCAUACCCAUGGCCAUCGUGAUCCUGCCCAUUCUCCUGCCGAUAAACCGCAUAGGAGACGUACCUGGCGUGUCGGGUCUGGACUCUUUCGCCUGGCCCAAUGUUGGGGUACAAUCAAAGCGUCGGCGACUCUGGGCCCACGCCGUCCUGGCCGUCUGCGUGGUUAUCUGGGUGUGCUACAACUUUUACAGGGCUCUGAGGAAGUUCGUGCGUCUGCGACAGACCAUCCUUACCCUGCCCGAGCAUCGCAUUCGCGCUUCUGCCACGACAAUUCUAGUACAGAGCAUUCCUCGAAAAUGGCUUACCGUGGCUGCGCUCGACGCCCUGUACGAUGUGUUUCCAGGCGGUAUCAAGGAAAUCUGGAUCAAUCGCGACUACGACGAGCUGUCUGAGAAAGUCAAGAAGAGGACCAACAUUGCGCGUGCACUCGAAAACGCCGAAGUGAACCUCAUCAUCGAAUGCACCAAGAAACACAAGAAGAUGGAAGAGAAGAGGGCAAAGCACGAGGGCAAGAAAAAGAGCAAGAAGGAAAAGAAAGCUGAAGAGGAGACGCAGAACAACGCCAUCCACCACGAAACUCAGGAAUACGGAGUGAGCGUUAAUAACCCACAUCAAAUCGAGCAGACCCUCCAGGACGUCUUGAAAGAGGACUCGUCAAGCUCUUCAUCCUCUUCAUCCUCGUCGCGAUCGUCUUCGCCCGAACGCAAGCGCAAAAUACUUCCCAUCCCUAUCCUGGGCGAAGGCAUCCAUGCUGUUGGAGACGGCUUUCGCGACGUCGGAAAAUUUGGCGGCAAAGUGGUUGGCGGUUUCGCUGGUGGGAUCAAAGGUGCAUUCGGCAAACAGCAAGGCCACAACCGUGACACAUCACACCCGGAGACGCUUGCAUCUGAAAGUCCGGCUUCGCCUGACACCGCUGAGUUUGGUGGGAGGGGCACCAGCUCCGACACCUACACCCGGUUGAACGACCCAGCAAUGGUGAAAUUUGAUUCGGACGGGACUGCGACUGAACCCAACUCUCCCGACUCUGCGGCAGAGAAGAAGCGCCCGCACACCGCCGAGUCGACAUUGGGUCCGCUCAAGGCGAUGAAUACUAUUAAGAAGUCACGGCUGAACCCAGUCCGGCGAUUGAGCGACUUUGCUAGUCCCCAGCCGUUCCGUGCCGAGGGAGAAGAAUUUCCGUUGGAGAUCAAGAAGCCCGAAGACAAUCACUAUGACUUCGCUGGCGUCUACGAUUCAUCGUUUGUUGAAGAUGGCGAGGACGCUGUCUGGAGAAAGUACAUCAAGCCCAAGGACCGCGAAACGAUGCGUGUGCCUAUAUUCAACAAGUCAUGGUGGCCGUCACUCCCAUUGAUCGGCAAGAAGGUGGACACGAUUUACUAUUGUCGAAAGGAAUUGGCCCGAUUGAACCACGAAAUUGGGUUGGACCAGGCCAAUCUGGAACAGUUCCCGCUGAUGAACUCUGCCUUCAUUCAGUUCAAUCACCAGGUCGCUGCACACAUGGCGUGUCAGUCGCUCAGUCAUCACAUACCCCAGCAGAUGAAUCCCCGCACCGUCGAAGUCAACCCCAACGAUGUCAUCUGGGACAACCUUACGAUGCCUUGGUGGUCACGAUACGUCCGAAUGACCGUCAUUGUCGCAACCAUCGUGACCUUGAUUAUAUUGUGGUCACCUCUGGUCGCCUUCACUGGAGGCCUCUCGAAAAUCUCGACUUUGACGGAUAGUGUACCAUGGCUCGCAUGGAUCGAGAAGCUGCCGGUGUGGCUCAUCAGUUUCAUCCAGGGUGUGCUGCCUCCUCUUAUCCUGGCUAUCCUUUUUGCAGUUCUGCCGAUCAUCCUGCGUCUCAUGGCUGAGCUAACUGGUACAACUACGAUGGGCGAGAGAGAGCUGCUUGUGCAGAACUUUUACUUUGCGUUCGUGUUCGUCCAGUUGUUCCUAGUGGUGUCCAUCUCGUCGGGCAUCACUGGGUUUAUCGAUGAAAUCCGCGGCGACCCAUCUCAGGCAGGCAACACCAUCGUCAACAUUCCCCAGACGCUCGCUGAACAACUACCAAAAGCGGCUAACUACUUCUUCUCGUAUCUGAUUCUGCAGGCUUUUAGUAUCAGUUCGGGAACUCUGUUGCAAAUCGCCGCGGUAGCGCUUCUUUUGUUUAGUAGAUUCUUGGAUACGACUCCGCGGCAGAAAGUAUCUCGGGUGCUCAGCCGGCCCGGUAUUACCUGGGGAAACAUGAUUCCCGUAUAUACAAACUUCGGCGCUAUCGGGCUCAUCUACGCCGUCAUUGCGCCGCUGUUGAUGAUCGUGUUGUUGAUCACGUUCAGCCUCUUCUGGUUCACAUACAGAUACCAGAUGAUAUACGUCUCGUACGCCAAAGCCGAAACCAAUGGCUUGAUCUUCCCGAAGGCGAUCAACCAGCUCUUCACUGGUCUGUACUUCCUCGAGAUCACCUUGAUUGGUCUUUUCUUCCUGCAGAGAGGACCUGGAGGCGACCUCUCCUGCUUCCCGCAAGCAAUCAUCAUGGUUGUCACGCUAGCCUUCACGAUCCUCUUCCAACUUCUCCUCAAUCGCGCCUUCGGUCCUCUCUUCAAAUACCUCCCGAUCACUUUCGAAGACGAGGCUGUAGAGCGCGACCGAGAGUUCCAGCGUGCACAAGAGACCCGCUGGCAAUCGAAAGGCGAUGGCGAGGGCGGCGACGCCGACGAACACACCUCCCUCAACAGCGAGCUCUCUGCCCGCGAAAAGGCCGAACGCCGCGAGUCCCAGCGCCUCGAGGACGAAGACCGCCGCCGCUCCCGAGCCAUGCACGACGGCGCCAUCGAACUUAAGCAAUUCGAACCCAACGGCAAGAACACCCCCCACAUCACCGAGUCCCCCGAGCGCAUACGCCGCCCCAACUGGGCCGAUCGCUCGCGCGACCGUUCCCGCUCGCACUCCCACCACAAAGGCGACAACCCCAACUCGCACUCGCACUCGUCGCACGAUUUCGCGCCCUCCACUCCCAAGAAGGAAAAGAAAGACAAGAAAAAGCCCCUCCACAACCCCCUCGACCUCGUCACCUCCGCCCUUCGCGCCGGCGUCGACGACCUCGGCCGCCCCAUCCGCGACAUAGAAGCCCAAACCCUCCCCACCGCCAACCUCUUCGACGAUAUCGACGACCAGCUCGAAGACAUCGAGCCCGAGGCCCGCCAGAAGCUGAUUAAGCGCAGCUUCCAGCACCCCGCCACGCGCGCGAUUCAGCCCGCGGUGUGGAUCCCGCACGACGAGCUGGGCGUCGCGGCCGACGAGAUUGGCCGCACGGGCGCGUUUAGCGGGAAGAUCUGGAUCACGAGCGUGAAUGCGAGACUCGAUGCGAGUGGGCAUGUGCUGUACAGGGGGUUGCCGCCGGAUCGGGAUCCAUUUGAGAAUAUUGAGGUGUGAGGUGGUGGCGUGGGGCGAGGUGCAUGAUAUGGUACGGAAGGUUGGGAGAGUUUUGAUUUGUGUUUUCUAUUUCCUUACGAAUUUCCUAUUCUUGCUUUUUUUUUCCUCGUCAAUCACGAAACGCGUGGAUGCUUCAGUCAGUCAGUCAGUCAGUCUGUAUGUGGGUUUGAGCGUGCAUAGCGUGCAUAGCGAGCGCAUCAUGGCAUAGCGAGGCAUGGCAUGCCUGCUUGUUCAGGAAAGGAAGUCAUGGACGUGCACGAGACGAUACCCCAGCCCUGCGUAUACAUCCGGGUCUUGCAUUUUCUUGCAUUCUUAACCAGGACCUGGUCACAUUAUUAAUAUCACGAAUGCUUUACAUUGCC